UAUUGCCUCCUCCUACUCCGUACUCUUUACCUCGUCGACGCUUUUCCCUCCUGGCAAUCUCCCCUCCUUCUUUAUCAUCUUCAGGCAAAGAUGAUGUCCCUUUCGAGAACCGUGGCUCCCAGGGCUUUAAGAGCUACGACGAGUACCGUUCCCCUGUCUGCCCUUCGCGCGGUCCCUGCUUCUACCGCCAGCAUUUCCAGUUCCUCCAAGAAAUCCGCGACAUCGCUUGCUCCGACACCCGGUGCAAAUGAUCCGUCACGACUCCCGGUGACCGGCGGCGUUCGUCGCGAAGUCCCCCUCCCGUCGCAGGAAAAGAAGGAAGGUGCGAUGCAAUACGCCUUGACGACGCUGGAUCAAAUCGCGAACUGGGCGAGACAAGGAUCUUUGUGGCCCAUGACUUUCGGUCUGGCUUGCUGCGCAGUCGAAAUGAUGCACCUCUCGACGCCACGUUACGACCAGGACAGACUGGGUAUCAUUUUCCGUGCCUCUCCCCGACAGAGCGACGUCAUGAUUGUCGCCGGUACCCUGACAAACAAGAUGGCACCGGCCCUCAGACAAGUUUACGAUCAGAUGCCCGACCCCAGAUGGGUGGUCAGUAUGGGAAGCUGCGCCAACGGUGGUGGAUAUUAUCAUUACAGUUACUCCGUCGUCAGAGGCUGCGACAGGAUCGUCCCCGUGGAUAUCUACGUGCCCGGAUGCCCACCGACCAGCGAGGCGUUGAUGUAUGGCAUUUUCCAGUUGCAAAAGAAGAUGAGACAUACCAGAAUCACGAGACUGUGGUACCGAAAGUAAAAAAAAUGGAAAACCACUCAUGCGAUGUGUGGCUUUUCUCAAUUAUCAUAUCCAUUAUUCGUGGCACAGCGGCGUUUUUUUCCAUGUGGCAGGAAGUGAGCUGGCAUAUCCUGCUUGAGUAUUUUCCAAGUCAGCACGAAAUAUGUACAGAAUGAUGAAGGGACAUUGAUUCCUGAUAAGACUUCGGUUUUCGCACUUUUGUUUUG